GUGGGCUCCCGGAGAGGGGUCGGAGCCCUGAAGUCGGCGCCCACAGCAACCCCCACGCCCCCAGGAAGAGGCACCCUGCAACAGCCGUCUCCAGAGUUCAGCCUCCCCAGUCCUGGUUCUGCAGCCCAGAGUCAGCUCAGGCCAGCUCCCACUUUCCGGAAGUUUGGGGAAAUUCCCCAAGUCUCGCUGUCAAGUAUUUCACAGCUGCUGUGCUGGGAGCUGGGAGGACUCACUGAUGAACCUCGCACAGCUCCGCCUCCUCAGAGGUUUCUAGGAGAGCAGAGGGCCUCUUGCAGCAGGAAAGACUGAAAGAAGAGGACUCUAGGAGUUGAGGCAAAGGCUGCAGUGACCCCAAGAUCCAUCGGCUGGAAGGAGAGGGCAGGACAGCCCCUUCCUCUCAGGCUUUCUGCUGCCUGCUCCAGAACCCAUUUCAGAAAGUCAGGGCAGGGAGCGGGGUCCCCACUACCCAUGAUGCAGCUCCCAGGCUCUAGAAGACAGCUCUGUGGGCCAGGGGAACUGGGACCAGUCAUAGUGCCCCAAAUGCCAGAAAUCAAGAAAAGUCUGCCCACCUGGACCUUCUGCUGUGUCCCCCCACCCCAGCAGGAUCCCCAGGACCUGUGCACACAGGGGCUCAGACCUCACCUGCCACACGGCCUGUCGAUCAGGGCACCAGUCAUUACACUACCAGCUCUCUGCGGCCAGGCUUCUGGUCUUGUCAUUUCUUACAUCUCUUGACAUAUUCAAGCAGCACCGACUUUUUCACAUUUGCUGAAUGUAUGCAAGGAAGAGGGCAGCUCCCCCGCUCGAGAGCAAGUGGCCAGAGGACCCACAAGACCAGAAGAAAAUUUCUGGCCAUUCAGCAUGGUGUCCCAGGGAUCCUCGCCUUCUCUCCUGGAGGCCCUGAGCAGUGACUUCCUGGCAUGUAAAAUCUGCCUGGAGCAGCUGCGGACACCCAAAACCCUGCCCUGCCUGCACACCUACUGCCAGGACUGCCUAGCCCAGCUGGCUGAUGGCGGCCACCUCCGAUGUCCCGAGUGCCGUGAGAAGGUGCCCGUGCCGCCAGCAGGCGUGGCUGCCUUCAAGACCAACUUCUUUGUCAAUGGGCUCCUGGAUUUAGUGAAGGCUCGGGCCGGUGGAGACCUGCGCACAGGGAAGCCGGCCUGUGCCCUGUGCCCCUUGAUGGGGGGUGCCAGUGCUGGGGGUCCAGCCACAGCCCGGUGCCUAGACUGUGCUGAUGACUUGUGCCAGGCCUGUGCCGACGGGCACCGCUGCACCCGGCAGACGCACACCCACCGAGUGGUAGACCUGGUGGGCUACAGGGCAGGGCUGUAUGACGAGGAGGCCCGGGAGCGCCAGGCAGCCCAGUGUCCCCAGCACCCAGGGGAGGCCCUGCGAUUCCUGUGCCAGCCCUGUUCCCAGCUGCUAUGCCGUGAGUGUCGCCUGGACCCCCACCUGGACCACCCCUGCCUGCCCCUGGCUGAAGCUGUGCGUGCCCGGAGACCGGGCCUUGAGGAGCUACUGGCAGGUGUGGACAAGAACCUGGCUGAGCUAGAGGCCGCCCGGAUGGUGGAAAAGGAAGCCUUAGCCAGCCUGCGGGAGCAGGUGGCCAGGGUGGGAUCACAAGUGGAAGAGGCUGCUGAGGGGGUUCUCCGAGCCCUCCUGGCCCAGAAAAAGGAGGUGCUGGGGCAGCUACGGGCUCACAUGGAAGCUGCAGAGGAGGCUGCUCGGGAGAGGCUGGGGGAGCUGGAGAGCCGGGAGCAGGUGGCCAGGGCGGCAGCUGCCUUUGCCCGUCGGGUGCUCAGCCUGGGCCGUGAGGCCGAGAUACUCUCUCUGGAGGGGGCGAUUGCCCAGAGGCUCCAGCAGCUGCAGGGGUUUCCCUGGAUGCCUGGUCCAUCCCCCUGUCUGUUGCCCCAGCUGGAGCUUCAUCCUGGGCUCCAGGAUAAGAACUGCCACCUGCUAUGGCUCUCCUUUGAGAAGCAGCAGCCCCAAAAGGACAGUGGGAAAGAUGGAGCUGGAAGCCAGGAAGGUGAGGAAACCCAGAAGCGCAGAGAGGAUGGAUCCCGGGCCCCAAAGGAGGACAGAGCCCCAACGCCACAGAAAGAUGGAAGCCAGACCCCAAAUGUUGAGAGAGCCCAGACCCCGAAAGAGGGCAGAGCCCAGAUGCCCCAAGAAGACGGAGGAGCCCAGGCUGGUGGCAGAUCCAACAAGAAAAGGAAGUUUAAAGGCAGGCUUAAGUCCAUUUCCCGGGAGCCCAGCCCAGCACCUGGGCCAGCCCUGGAGGACUCAGGCCUCCUCCCCAAGCCCAUCUUUUCCUGCAGCUUUCCUACACGGAUGCCUGGUGACAAGCGGUCUCCCCGGAUCACUGGGCUCUGUCCCUUUGGCCCCCGGGAGAUCCUGGUGGCAGAUGAGCAGAACAGGGCUCUGAAGCGCUUCUCCCUCAAUGGUGACUACAAAGGCGCUGUGCCUGUCCCCGAGGGCUGCUCCCCGUGCAGCGUGGCGGCCUUGCAGGGUGCGGUGGCCUUCUCGGCCGGCGCUCGGCUCUACCUCAUCAGCCCUGACGGGGAGGUGCAGUGGCGCCGAGCCCUGAGCCUCUCCCAGGCCAGCCAUGCUGUGGCUGCAAUGCCGAGCGGGGACCGCGUGGCUGUCAGCGUGUCGGGCCACGUGGAGGUGUAUAACAUGGAAGGCAGCCUGGCCACCCGCUUUAUCCCUGGGGGCAAGGCCAACCGGGGCCUUCGGGCGCUGGUGUUCCUGACCGCCAGCCCCCAGGGCAAUUUCGUGGGGUCAGAUUGGCAGCAGAAUAGCGUGGUGGUCUGUGAUGGGCUGGGUCAGGUCAUUGGGGAGUAUGCAGGGCCAGGCUUGCAUGGCUGCCAGCCGGGCUCUGUGUCUGUGGAUAAGAAGGGCUACAUUUUUUUGACCUUGCGAGAGGUCAACAAGGUGGUGAUCCUGGACCCAAAGGGGUCACUACUAGGUGACUUCCUGACAGCCUAUCACGGCCUGGAAAAGCCCCGGGUGACCACCAUGGUGGAUGGCAGGUACCUGGUUGUGUCCCUCAGUAAUGGGACCAUCCACAUCUUUCGGGUCCGUUCUCCGGACAGUUAAAGGGCUGGGAUUGGGGUGGGACUGGGGAGGGAGUGGGGCAGGGUUGCCAUGCGAUGUGGUAGACUAGGGCACUUUCCCAGAGGCCACGUGUUGGCAGCCUUUCGGUGUGACAUGCCACACUGCCAGCCCCUUUUUGGGUGGGCUGAGAUAGGACCGAGGGUUACGGUGUGACCAUAGCCCUCAGAGGCAAAGGAGGACGGCUGGCAGGGUGCUGGGAGUUGACCGCACCUCUUGCUUUUUGGCGGGUGACUGCUCCCACCAUUGCUGCCAGCCCCUCUAAUACUGUCGUUAGAGUUUAAGUCUCUGAGAUUUGUAAGCUGGUCCUAAUUUGAGUUCUUUAAAACCAUUCCUGGUGGAGGAGCCUGGCAAGAGUCUUGAGGAGGUAGGUGGGCAGGAGUCCCCGAACCCAGAAGGGCUCAGGGCAUGUCAGGCACAUGCCUUCUGGGAGAGCUGAGAGCUGGCUUUCCUCAGAUUGGAACAGGGACACACGCCAGGUCAGAAGAAGCCUGGGAUUUCGAAACGGCCGUUAAUGGCAUCUUCCACCAGCCGCGGCCAGGAAGUAUACAGGCUUGUCUUUGACAAUGGCACCCCCAGUGCAGUAUGGGGUGGGGGACCAAGUACAGACGCCAGCUGAGGCCAAGGUCUCAGGGUCUCUGGCAGGGCCAGAGUCUAACGCACAGGGUUCUGAGUGUGAGAGAAGGGGCACCCCCAGGAGCCCCUCCACCUCCAAGCCAAGACCUAUGUGGGCAGUAAAAUCUUUUCUGUAUUGGUAUCUGUACAUUUCCUGGAGCCUAUUUUUAGUUUCCUCUUAGUUUUCCAACAGAGUUCCUUUUGAGCAAUUUCAGCUCACUUGGCUGAACUAAGGAGUGAGGGAAUGUGUCGUCCGGUAGGGCCGUCGCUGCUGGGGAAACAGCCUCCCCUUGGAGGCCAGUGUGGGGUUGGAAGACAAAACAGCUGGGGAACCUCAGAAGUUGGUAGUGAGGCUGGGAAGGUGACGGAGUAACCGGAGGGAAGGAUCUAGCUGGAGGUGAGUCACCACCCUGGUCCUCUGCGCAGGCCAGCGCGGCGGUGGAACCUAGGCGGACAUGUUUAGCCGGGGCUGACGAGAGAAGACUUAAGGGAAUAGUAACGUGGGGUUCAUUGUGGACAAUGAAUGUUCAUGAGAACCAGGGUAAUUUUGGACAACGCCAGAUAGAAAUCCCAGGGCAUUAGGGGUGGGAAAAGGAGCAUCCUUUGGGGAGGUUAUUGCUUGUUUAUUGAAGCAGUAGGAGAAAUGUCAAGUGGGCAGAUUCAAUUAUGUAAAAAUUUGAAAUGUAUAUACAGCAAGGGGUAAUGAAGAUUUAAAAAACCAAUAAGAUGAGACAGCCAUGUAUGUAGACCCGAGUAAGAGCUGGGCCUCCAUAGAUGGUGCAGCGACGAAGACCCCGCACUCGGUGAGAGGCCCAGGCAGGCCGUGCACCCAGCAGGAGACACUCGCAGGCCAGGAUGACUAAGCAAAAAGCUUUUAACGAGUCAGCCAUUUUCGUGUGUCAAACAUGCAUUUUUUUAACUAUGUGGUGGAGAAAUAGACUCCUGGCACUGUAAAAUGUUGCUUCCUGGAGAGAAAUUUGGGUAUACUCGGCAAGAGUUUAAAAAAAAAAAAAACUAUACUCAGUUAUCUCACUUUGGGGAAUACAUUCUGGGAAAGUAAUUCAAAAGACAAAAGUCUUUGCUCAGAGACGUUGGUGGCCGCCCUAUAAAUCACAGUCUUGACUGGAAACCACUCUGCUGUGGGGGGCAGCGGAGUGGAUUGUGGUCGGUGAGGAAGAGGAGCUGCUGCCUCCCUGCGUGACAGCAAUGAAAACUAUUUACAAGAAUAUGGUGUGUGAUGCAAUCAUGGGCAAAACAAAGAAGAGAAUUUGGGUUGUAAUCACAUGAUGGUAGCAAUGAGGUGAAAGUGUGUCUGAUUUGUUAGUGAGUGGAAAUAGGUUCAAAACAUGUAAAUAGUGAUUUGGGAGACUGGGUCCUUUCUGCGUUAUUUCAUGCUGUUACUGAUAUAUGCACAUUUUUACUUAUUAUUGUCCAUUAAGUAACAUAUAUGCCUGAAUGUUUACUUAAGAAAUAUAAGUCUAUAAAUGAUAUUUAAGAACAGCUAGCUACUGGAUUUGCAGGGGUCUAGCUGGUGACUGAGCAAGGAGCUCACCCUGGGAAGGUUUACAGAGGGCAGGUGGUCCCCUCAGGUGAGGGGGUCGUUGUGUCGUGUUCGGAAGGCGGAGGAAGGUCUAGUUGAGUUCGCCAACUAACUCAGACCAACUGGAAACCAGGCGGCGGUUCUAAGGAACCACCUGGCGUAGGGUGAGUGGCACUGGUGGGGAGGGUCUGUCUUUGCAGUCCUCUCCGUGGGUUUCACGAAAUGAUGGCUCACGGCUGGUGCUUGGUGAAACGUGUGUGAGAUGAGUAUCUGCGAAAAGGGAUGGGACGGUGGUAAGACUACAGAGAUUUGCCACCUUAAGUGCCAUAACCCCAUCUAACCAAGUUGUCCAAAACCUUGGCUUAUGGGAAAUGGUCAGCAGGGGGUACACAGUGGACACAGUCAACCACGUGCUUCCCAGGGCGUGGCUCGGCUCCCAGUCACAAAAGAGAUGAGAUUGGCCUGUCCUGCUUAUUACGUAUGUGGAAGGUCCUGAGGGAUCACACACCUUCGGGCUGACACAGCGGCUCUGCAGAGCUGCACAGGGACCAUGUGCCGUGGGCCUGGCUGGAGAAAUGGCUCCAGCCAGUGCCUCACCCAGGAGGCAAAGCAGGAGUAUGGACCUUUAGAAAGGAAAUGUCACCUGACUGCAAGAAGAGAAUCUCACUGGUGCUCCCAAGCUGCGGGAGCCAUGAGGCUUGCCAGGAACCUGUAAGCAUCCUGGAAAGCCAGGCAUUGGAAGAUUGACAGAAAUUCUAAAUUUUCCUCAUUAAGGGGCAGGGUGGGAAGGCCCAGAACAUGGGCAAAAUAUGAAAUGGGUUGGAAGUAUAGCACUGAGCCAAUUUAGAGGUAAAAUCCCCAGCAUCGUAACUGCGACCCGGGAAUCCUAAUGAAACCCACAGAAAGCACCACUCUGCACUGGGGCGGGGAAGGAGUUCCUGGUUAAACUAUAGAUCUUGAGAAGUCGGGAACAUGGCAAGAUUCGUGCCACCUCACCCCCACCCUGCAUUGGACUAUGACAAUUAACUUGAUCAGUUAUUCCCUUUCCUGUUCGGAGCUUUCUAGAUUGUGCACAUACUGGUGAAAGGAGAAUGCCGUUCGUUCAAGUAGGGAGAAGGGGAGCAGAAAACCUUUUUCACAGUCUCUGCACUUAAAAAAGUGAAGGAGGAAGCAGAGACCUGGGUUGAGUGCUGGCUCUUUCACGUAAAAUGUUCUCUUGGUCUAGCUCCCUAACCUCUCUGAACUUCAGUUUCUACAUUAGUGAAAUGGGGAUAAUGAUAGCCACCAUGCCCAGCUCACAGGGUUGUUGUGUGGCCUGGGUGAGAAGUAGAGAAAAGGAUAUUGUAUUUUAUAUGCCAUAAAGCUCAAGUCCUAGGUAUUGGUUGGAAAAAAAUUUUAACCGACUUGUCCUAACCUAAUACUGUGACGUCAGUGUGUGCGCGAGUGGGCCGCACGUGUUGCGAGGUGAAAGCUCCAGAACAUCUGGGUAGAGCUGUUCCCUGCUUCUCCUUUGGAGGAUACUCUUAUUUUACAUUCCAGCUGUUAUUUGAAGAUGCCAUAUACUAUGACAACCGUGACCGUUGGAGGAGAAGGGACCAAUGGCCAGCUUGCUAAGAUGCAACGCUGUUCCUAAAAGCCAGCUGAGAAUCAGACUUUACUAAUGAAGGACUGAUAACCAUAGACUUUUAGAAGUUCAGAAUGGUGAGAGUGGCCAAAUCUCUUGAUAAUUUAGAGAAAAUAUAAUUCGGGGUGGGAAUAGCUCUCCUUUCACUGUAGUCUUAUUAUUACUAUGUGUAUACAGCCACGCCACGUAAUUAAUCUACAGAGAUAAGAUUUCACAGGGGCAGAAGUCCAGGAGGGAAGUCAGAAAUCUUCCAAGGAAAUUGAUGAUGAGGUUGGUGACCUGAACUGGGUAGGGUUCAAAGUUGGGUGCUUGACCGUCUCUCCUUGGUGAAUCAGCUGGGAACUCGAGUUAUCCCAUAAAUUAAGUGGGAGACUGGACGGGGCACGGAGUUCUGUUUUGGGGAGGACGCUGGGGCGGAGAGCUGCCAGAGAGCACUCAAGAAAAUGUCCCUAGCAAGGGAAAGACCUAGUUCCGACGCAGGCUUAGAAAGAUUGGUAACUUGACCAGAGGUAGUAGAACCAUCCUACCCGACUGGUUCGUGCAUAUAGUUUAAUUAAAUGGAUCAAGACAAGAGCAAAAAAUUAUUUUGAGGGACCACAGAUGCCUUUGGUGAGAGGACGCCUUUUGCAGCAGGGUUGGUGUGGACCUCCCUCGAAGCUUUAGGUGAAGAAUCUUUGGGACCAAAUAGAGAAGGGCCUGUGUAUAAAGAGGCAAACAGGAAGUAGGUUUGGGGAGGUUUUAGAAGGCAGCCUGACUUGUUUCAGGAGAAAGUUAGAACUGCUUGGCUCAGGAGCCAAGAGAGACAGGGUUGAAAAUGGAAUUGGGGUCUUGGUAUCCAUGGUGUCAGCCCAGUAAAUUUCUCUUAGUUGCAAUGGGCUGAAAAAUCUGUUGUAAACUCUUACUCUUUCGAUUGUAUACUUCCUAUCUUUCUUCUGUUUCUUAAUAAAUUCUUUUGAAAAAUCUGA